AUGCCUUGGUCGGCUGAUGGCGGUGGACACGUGUUUAUUUUACCAGAGCCAGGAGUUCGUAGUGACGACAAUCAAGAAGAAAAUAGCUUACGUGAUCAGGUGUUGAAAAAGGAUUCAUCAUCAACAGCAUCGAAUCUUCCAUCAUUUUUUGAUUCAGUUUUUAAUCAGCGUUUACCUAACAAUAAUAGCGAAGAUGAAAAUUUAGAUUCAAAAAUUGAACAACAUGGUUUAAACAGUGCAUUGAUUGAUCAACAAGAUCAACAACAAAAUCCGUUCUUAUUUUCGUCGUCUGCAUCAUCCAUGUCCAUCACAGGUCGUACGACACCAUCUGGUUGUUAUGAAGAACGUCGUGUUAAACGUGAUUCAACCGGUGUAGAAGAAAUUACAACAACAAAGCGUUGUGGUGAUAAAUUUUACGGUGUUGUAUCGAAAAACGGUAAAGUUAUUCGAGAUUAUGGUAAUAGUACUAAAGAAGAACUGGAUCAAAUUGAUAUGACGACUACGGUACAGGAUGAUGAGGAUGAGGAUGAUCAACCGCCAGUAUUAGGCGGAGAUAAUCGACAGUCAUUUUUUAGAAAAUUGUUUGGUGUAUGA